ACGGGUGACUUCAUAAGGGCCGCCAUUUUGCCGGGGUCUACUACAGGAUGUUGGGAUUAAUUUCUCGUCAAGCGCCUCGUCUUUUGAGACAACCAGGAUCUUUGAUCUUCAGGAGAAGUCUCGCUGAUGGUAGCCCUGCGGUUUCUCUUACAUUUGGAUCGCCUUCAGAGUCAUUUUAUUCAGAAGCUGAAGUGAAGCAAGUUGAUCUUUCAACCACAGCUGGUAGUUUUGGUAUUCUGGCCAACCAUGUUCCCACUCUGGCAACUCUGCGACCAGGCCUUUUGACUGUGACUGAUGAGGAAGGUGUUCAUAAAUAUUUUGCAAGCAGUGGGACAGUGACCAUUAAUGCUGACUCUACAGUUCAAAUUCUUGCUGAGGAAGCCCAUCCCAUAGACAGAUUCGAUCCACAGGCUGUUACCCAACAGUUAGAUCAAGCUCAACAAAGCUUAUCAAAUGCAGCAAAUGAUGAAGAGAAAGCAAAAGCACAAAUUGCAGUGGAGUGUCUAGAUGCUUUAAAUAAAGCCUUGGGACAUUGAUAAUAACUCUUUACUUCUCCUUUUGUUUUUUUCUACUUGAAUAAACUCUGAAAGGCACACAAGA